AUGUACAGCAACAGCAACAACAACAACAACAACCACGGCACACCGAACGUCGGACCAUCAAACCCUGGGCUCGUGGGACCAUCAAACAUGCAGAUGCAGAAGAAGACCAGACGCACCGUACCGACCAGCAACCCCACAAUCACCAGCGCCUCAAACCAGAACAACCUCAACAUGAACACCCGUCACCAGCAGCAAGUGAUCACGAGCAAUAAUACCCCUCUGCCCUCCCGGAGAGCCAGGCUAGGCGGGAUGGCCGGACUGGAUGACGAUGGGGGAGAUCAGAAUAUGCUCAGAGAGUUGACCGAGGAACAGAAGAUGGAAAUCAAGGAGGCCUUCGAGUUGUUCGAUACCGAUAAAGAUGGCGCAAUCGAUUAUCAUGAACUUAAAGUAGCAAUGAGAGCCUUAGGAUUCGAAUUGAAGAAACCCGAGAUCCUGAAGAUCUUAAGGGAUCAUGACAAACAAGGCCAAGGACUGAUCGAAUUUAACGAAUUCGAUAAAGUCAAGAUCCUAGAGAAGAAAUCUUACGCGCAUUCAAACUGUUUGAUACCGAUAAUACGGGCAAGAUCUCGCUGA